AUGGUUGCUUGGGGAAAGCAGCACUGCUGUGUUGGCAGAAUCCAGGACAUUGUAUUGAAAUUCAGGAUUGCUCUAGCUGUCCUUUUACUUCAUUUGUUCCUGGCGACAGCAGGCAAAGAUCAGGAGAAUUUCCUAGGACGAUACAAAGCGGUCUUUAGGACUGAAUGUGAAGAUCCUUGGAGUCUGUCACCAAGAAUUUCUCUGCUUCCCUUGAAAGAAUUCACUGUCUGUGUGCACCUUAAGCUAAAGUCCUCAAAUAGUCCAUGGACAGCAUAUGUAUAUAAUCAAGAAACACCUAAUGGCAAUCUCUCUACAAAUAAGUAUGAUCUUGGACUUAUGGGAGAUCAUGAUAAAUUGAGAAUAUGGCUGUUUGGAAAUCAAAUAAAUAUGACAGAGAUGCUUCGUGAAAAUACCUGGCACCGAAUAUGUGUGCAGUGGAAAAGUAAAGAUGAAGAGAUGAAGUUAUUCAUAAAUGAAACAAAAAAAGGAAACAAGAAACUAGGUAAAAAAAUGAGUCUCCCUGGAAAAGGGCAGUUCUUACUCGGCUGUCCAAAGCUGCCGGGUACAGCUACAUCACCUCACAUGGGAAUGAUUGGGGAGCUGUACAUGUUCAGAAUGUGGGAUAAAGCAAAUAUAAAACAUUCCCUGGGCUGCAAAGAUGGCAGUAUUAUAGGCUGGAGAAAGGAGGAUUGGGUGUAUAACAAGACAAUAGAAGAGGAUGACUCUUUGCCCUGCGAUACAGAAGAAACUACCAGACCUACAGGAGCAUUAGCUGCAACAACCAUUACUGAAUCCUCUAUUGUUACUUUUAUCACCUAUCCUAUUAGUCCUUCAGAUACGUCUUCAGAAGAAACUGCACAAACUGCAGACACUCUUAACAUCACUGAUUAUUAUUCCACCAUAACACCAGAAACUGUACCAGGAGAAACCAUUUUAUGCAAUAUAUCGACUACCUGUAAUUUUUCAGUGUUCUAUGUGGGCAAGGCAAAACUUCAGGCGAGUGAAGAAAGCAGUAACACGUCACUAAAUGUAGAAAUAAUUAAUAACAUAACCGUCAACAGUCAGGUUGCAAAAUUAAUUCCAAUUGUGGCACCUACCCUGGAAGAAAUGAAAAUUUCAGAGUUCAACAAAACCUUGCAAGAAGUAAGUGAGUCCUCUGUUAUGGAAUGCAGAGCAGAUAACCAGAGUAUACAUUGCAGUUUCAUAAUAAAGCUGGCUAAGAAAGAGAAUAUAAGCAGUUUAACAGACAAAACAGAAAUAAGUCAAAUUGAUCAGUGCUGCUGUUCAUCACUGAAGUAUUGUUCCUUGACUGCUGAAGAAUUACGAAUGUAUACUAUACAAGUGCCAUCUCAUUCUAUAUGGGCUCCUUUCUCUCUUACUCCUUUUCCCCCUAAAAGGACUGCUAUUCCUUCCCUCACGUCUAAUACUUUUCUUUCCCCUACCACACUUUCCACCAAAAAGGACCCCCUAAUUAGUCCACUGAUUGCACCAUUCACAGAAAUUUCUGCUUCUGGAACUCUCUCCACAUCUGCCACCACAAGUCCUCUCUCUGAACCUUCUACCGCAUCUACCACUGCAACUUCUCUGCCUUCCAGCAGUGUUACCACUACGCUUUCCUCUUCUGAGUCUUUUGCUCAACCUACCAUGCCAACUUUUCCAUCCACACUUGCAUCAAAAUCUGGCACUAAUGUUGCUCUCUCAAUUAAAUCUGAUGCUACAUAUCCUAGAAAGCUGAUCAAAACCAUUUCUCCUGCUGUAGGUUUCAGUAAACCUACAACAGUUUCCUCUUCUGAGCUUCCCCCCACGCCUCCAAUAGUAAUUCCUCCCUUUGAGACUACCACCGGAUCUAUGACACAAAUUCCUCCUGCUACAGAUUCUACCAAACCUAUUUUUGGUAAUAAAAGUGUUACUACAGCACCUAUUCUUCCCUUUACUCCGUUCACAACAUCUUUGAUCCCUGCUGUUAGUCCUGUCAAACAUUCUGUCUCAGCUUCUUCUCAUCCUCGUUCUACUGCUGAUGGCCGCGGUAGCCUGCCUAAUGGGAGCACAGGAAAGGUACUGUCAGCUACCACAUCUACAACUUCCAUGUAUUCCACCAUUAAUAUCACCACAGCUGAGCAAAUCGUGUCCAAAAUAGAAAAGGAUUUAGCAGCUGGAAAAGUAGAGCCAAAACAUGUAGAAAGGAUGGUUAGUGAAGUUAGCAAAAUCUUGACUGCUUCUCAACCAUUACCACCCCGAAUUUCUAACAGAAUAAUAAAACUUGUGGAUUAUAUUGGCUUAAAACUGAACUUCUCAGCAAAGUCUGCUGAUUUUGCUUCCCCUUCCUUGGCUCUGGCAGUUGUCAAAACCAACAGUAACCACUUCAGCCAGAUGUCUUUUGCUGUCCAGGAUUCAUCUAAUCUCCAGAUCUCUCUAGGUACUGGAACACUUCAUGACUUAAAUAAUCUUGGAUCAAUUACACUUCCUUCAUCACUGCUGACAAAUUUACCUCCUGAAGAGUUGGACUUGGCUUCUAGAAUUAUAUUCAACUUUUUUAAAAAGACUGCUGUCUUCCAGGAUCCCUCCUUGAAAAAUGCAUCUUUAAUCAGCGAUGUUAUAUCGUCAAGUGUUGCUAACCUCACACUUAGCAACUUAAAGGCAAAUAUUACUGUCACUUUACAGAAUAUCAAACCCAAUCAGGAUAAUUCAACAGUUAGAUGUGUUUUUUGGGACUUUAAUAGAAAUGGUGGACAUGGAGGCUGGUCAUAUGAAGGCUGCAUAGUUAAAGAAAGUAGAGCAAGUGAAACAGUCUGUUCAUGCAACCACCUUACAAGCUUCGCAGUUUUGAUGAACUUGUAUGGAAAUACUCCUUUACGUCCCACGCAAGAAUUGGUACUGACUUUUAUAUCCUAUAUAGGCUGUGGCCUCUCUGCAAUUUUUCUUUCCAUUACUCUUGUGACCUACAUAGCCUUUGAGAAAAUCCGGAGAGACUACCCCUCCAAAAUCCUCAUUCAGCUGUGUGCUGCAUUACUUCUGCUCAACCUAGUUUUCCUCCUUGAUUCAUGGAUUGCUUUGUAUGAUACACGAGGCUUGUGCAUUGCAGUUGCUGUAUUUCUUCACUAUUUCCUAUUGGUUUCCUUCACUUGGAUGGGCCUAGAAGCUUUCCACAUGUAUCUUGCCCUUGUGAAAGUCUUCAAUACCUAUGUGCGGAAAUACAUCCUUAAAUUUUGCAUUAUUGGUUGGGGGGUACCAGCAGUAGUUGUGGCCAUUGUGUUGGCAGUGUCACCAGAUAAUUAUGGACUUAUAUCCACUGGAACGUUUUCAAACAACAGACCAGAGGAAUUCUGCUGGAUUAAAAGUAGAAUAGCCUUCUAUAUUACUGCUGUGGGAUACUUCUGCGUGAUAUUCCUGAUCAAUGUCAGCAUGUUCAUUGUUGUGCUGAUCCAGCUCUGUCGCAUCAAAAAGAAAAAACAGCUUGGCACUCAGAGAAAAACCAGUAUUCAAGACCUCAGGAGUGUUGCUGGUCUCACGUUCUUGUUGGGAAUUACCUGGGGAUUUGCCUUCUUCACAGUAAAUGAGAUAUUUACAUACCUCUUUACCAUUUUCAACACUUUGCAAGGGUUCUUCAUUUUUAUCUUCUAUUGUGUAACAAAGGAAAAUGUUCGUAAACAGUGGAGAAGAUAUCUUUGUUGUGGGAAAUUCAGGCUGGCUGAAAACUCCGACUGGAGUAGAACUGCUACUAAUGGUUUAAAGAAGCAGACCGUAAAUCAAGGAGUAUCCAGUUCUUCCAAUUCCUUACAAUCAAACAGUAACUCCACUAAUUCUACAACACUGCUAAUGAACAAUGAUUAUUCAGUGCAUGCAAAUGGGAAUGGCCAUCUUUCCAGUGAGAAGAAUGGUGUUUCAUUCAGUGUACAGAAUGGUGAUGUGUGUCUCCAUGACUUUUCAGGCAAACAAGUUGUAGUUCAAGAAAAGGACGAUACAGGCAACCAAAAAAACCAUAUCUCACUCAGAAGGACUUCAAAGAGGGGAAGCCUAACUUUUAUUGAGAAAAUGUGAUUUCCUUUUAAGCAGCACACUGUUCUACAGUGUGAAGUACAGAUUUACUUUUAACAGUUUUACAUAAUGUGAGAAGACCAAAAACUGAUUUUAGUAUAUGGUACUGGAACUUCAAGGCAGCCAUGUAAUGGAUUGACAAAGACAAUUAUUAACAAAAGAAAAAGAAAAGGAAACUACUAUUUAAAUAGGUACUUCAGAUGUCGAAUUACAGCUGGUACAUUUCCAUUUUGAUUCUUCAUUGGCGGGUUUGGGGGCAUUUUUUUUUUAUAUUUAAAGGAAUAUUUUGUUUAGAUUUUUUUCAGUACAAGUGAGUUAGUUUAUCUGGAUAUAGUACGUAGUAGUAUUGUAUAAAUGUAUGAAAUUACAGCCUAGGUAUACAAAUGAUGUUAUCUUUAAAAAUGCUAGCUGCACUGUCUACUUCAACUUCUUGUAGGCUAUAGUUGCAUACUCUAUAGUGCUGUACGUAAGCAGAAAAAUAUCUACCGUUAAGCAUCUUAAUGAUAUUUUUGUAUUUAUUUCUUGUAAUAUAAAUUUUAAAUAUUCCUUUGAAUAGAAAAAUAUUUGGUAUUUUGUUUUAACUUUUAUUGUAGUUUGCAGGUGCCUUUAGUUGAAAUAACUGACACAGAAGUUAAUUUGUUCAGUAAGUUCAAUCACUUACAGUGGUUUAAAUAUGUUCACUAGAUACAUAUCUGUAAGUAUGAACAUGCUUAGUCUUUUGAACAUUAGUGGUCUCUUACUGCAGUUUGGAGGGAUAGAGGCUGGGUAUCAUCAAAGCGGAGUGCCGAGAACGGAGGAGUGAUAUAUAAGAGUAGACAUUAGGUUAUUAAAUAUGCUUUAAUUAUGUUAGUGGCUUGACUAAGUCAAUGGGAAUUUUUGCCGUUGAUUUCAGCAAGGUCAGUAUUUUAUUUUGAGUGGUUAUUACAGAGAUUAAACACACUGCCUUUUCUCAUCUGCAGUGGUUAACUAGAGUAGUGUUAUUUUUUGAAGAAGAAAAAUGAUAGGAAAUAAAUGCUAGCUGCUAUUUUUAGUAGCCAAGUAAAUUGUUGGUUUUGUUGUAAGGUUGCUUUAUUAAGGGGCAGCUCUUGAACUUUAAUUAACACUUCUGCUUGUACUUUGGGCCUUGCUUGGCCAAACAUAUUCUGAGGCCCUAGCUCAGUAAAUGCCCAAAGCAAAAUUUCAUUCCCUUUGUGGAAUUUGCCUCAAAAAGGAGGGUUGGAUUUUGGCUCUGGAUGCUGAAAGUAGGGAGAACCAUAGGUAGAACCCAUGGGGUACCUAUGGGUAGAACCCAUACAAUGUUGUGAAGAGUCUUCCUGAACAGAAAUUAGCUUUGGGACAGUAGUGAGGCCUGGUUGCACUUAGCCGUUAGACAGGUGGGCAGCUCUCGACGUUUUUUUUCUCCUUGUGUUCUUGGACAAAGACUGAACGCUCCUGGAGCUCUUCGGUACAGGAGCAAGAGCUAGAACAAGUCAGUGUCACAUCCCGCUGUGCCAGACCCUCUAAAGGGGAUUGUGUGAGGCAGACACGUGCUGGAAGGGGGCAAGUGCUUGGCUUUCCCAGAGGACUCGGUAGGGAGCCCUGGAAACAGUGCUCAGCAGAAAGCCUCAGUUAAAUGCCUCCUAUCUGGGACUCUGUUGUAGUUCAGCAAUUGAACCCCUAAAGCACUCAAACCCUCUUGUGGUUCUGUAUGUAACGUGUGGUUCUUUUGGUCACGUAUGUCUGAGACUACUCUGAAUAUGCUUUUAAGGGGAGAAUUUAAAGUAUUUGUUGUGUUUAUCCAUGAGGUUUUAACUACGUGUUAAAAACGAUGGUACUGGAAUGCUAGUAGUUGGAGUGCGUUUCUGUGAAUGCUUUAACUUUUUGGCUAAUUGCCUUUGCACUGUGUUUUGUAAAUUUAUUUAAUGUUCUUGUAUUUAUAUUUUCAAUUGUAAAA